AUGUGUCCUACCGAAUCAAUCUCAACCUAUGGCUUUACAGCCGUGCCUUCAUCGGCCAGUGCUCUUCUCGCGACUGACCCUCCGAAGGUAGCAGCACCAUUUGUCCCAGUAUCGCAAAGCACAAUCCCACCCACGCCACUCUCCCAGCGCAUCGAUGCAUACGCAAAAGCGCAUCUCCCGGAGCCAACCUACAACCACUGCCUUCGGGUAUAUCAUUAUGGAAUCGCCAUCAAGCAAUAUCGAUUCCCAGAGUGGAAUUUCUCGGAUGAAACAUACUUCCUGGCUUGCUUGCUUCACGAUAUCGGAACUACAAAAGAAAACAUCACGGCUACUAAGAUGAGCUUCGAGUUCUAUGGAGGCUUCGUUACCUUGGACGUUCUGCAAAACUUGGGAGCUUCCGCUACAGCUAUUCCAGUAGUUGUCGCCCCGAGAGAUCAAGCAGAGAGUGUGGCAGAGGCCGUCAUUCGUCAUCAGGACUUUGGCGAAAAGGGCAAGCUGACAGCUCUCGGCCAACUGCUUCAGUUAGCAACAAUGUUUGAUAAUAUUGGGGCCUGGGAAGACCUGGUUCAUCCGUCCACCAUCGAGGAUGUUUGCAAGCAUUUCCCUCGUCUGAAAUGGAGCCACUGCUUCGCUAGUACUAUUAUCGAGGAAACCAGCCUGAAGCCUUGGGCUCAUACGACAGUAUUGGGAGACGCUCCAGCUAGGGUAAUGGGCAACAAACUCAUGGCGCCGUAUGAGUGA